AUGACGGCGACGAAGGAAACGUAUUACACUCUUCCCGAACUUAACAAACAAAUCGAGCAACGCAAGGGCUGGGAGUGCCGCCGCUACGAAUGGGAAAUGUCCCUGGUCGCAUUUGCCGCAAAAGGUGCAUCUGACGAAGGCCUGCGCGACACUCUCGCCAUGCCGCCCAGCGAGCGCGAUGAGGAUGGAAUCGUCAACAAUGAGGACCACGUAUGGGGGUGGGUUCCUUGUGGGUACAAGGGAAUAAAGGUCUCGGAGGAAUUGGCUAAAGAGGUUCUUGCGGAUGUGACGCAUGUGAUUUUACAUGAGCGGUUGAAGAAGUUGAAAAAUUAUCGUGGCAUAUACUACGCAGGUGUGGAAGACGGGUAUCGACGCAUAUACAUUACUUAUGUUGGUGAGAAACCCAAGCUUCCAGAUUAUCUCAAGGAUCUUCCGAUCCUUGCAUUUGAGAAGUGGGAGGCUUUGACCUAG